UGGUGAAGGACAUGGCAACUCCAGAGAAGGCAACGACCCCCUUGGGUGCCAUGGGGGUGUUGGAGCCACGUCAGCUAAAGCCUGAUAGCGCAGAGACGGAAAGAAUCCUGACUGUCUUGGAUGAGACCAUUACCAAGCUGGAGAUGACCAGGUUGAUCCCACGGAUCACUGGCUCCCUGGAGAGGUUUGCUAGGAUGCUGGGACCUGAGAUCACAGCCAGCCUGUUGGAGCACCAAAAGCUUUCAAAUGAAAUGCAGCACCUGCUCGCCAGCCCUGGAGCACAGGAGACCAUGAGAGCCAGGGAGCAACGCCUGAAAUGUUCUCUUAGACACAUCCUGAGGCUCCUUCUGGCCAACCCUUUGCUUUGCCAGGGACUGAAAUAUCAAGUCCAGGUGAGAGCAUCACCAGCUGAUGCGUUUAUCAAAGCCUUUGCGGAGUUCAGGGAUUUCAUGCUGGAGAAGCUCCUGACCAGUCCUGCCGAAGAGCGAGAAAAGAUUCAGUUCGUGGAAGAAAUGUCCCUCAAGGCUGAGCAAAACACCGAAGUGAUCACAGCUCUACAGGCAGAGCUGGCAGCAGCAAUCCAGACUCGAAAGGAGGAGAUGGACAGGAAGGACAAAAUGAUUGAAGACCUCAAAACCACCAUGGAAAAUCUGGCCAAGGACCGCAAGGCUGAGAUCCAGCAGAUGAAGAAGGAAGGGGCAAAACAGCGAGAGGAGGAGGUGAAAGCUGCCCAGGGCAGGUGUGCCAGGCUGCAGGAGGACGUGCAGCGCCUGCGAGUGCAGUUCAGUGCCCUGGUAGAGGAGCAUCGAGCCUCGGAGCUGCUUCUCAGGAAGAGGAAGUGCAGAACGGAGGAGGAAAUUGAGAACUGGAUCCAGAAAUAUGACACAGACAUGGCAGCAAAACAGGCCACGUUCGAGGCGAUUCACGCUGUCUACACCGAGGAGAAAGCCCAGCUGGCCCAGCUGAUGGAGAAACACGCUCUGCUGCUCCAGGAGUAUUCCCAGAUUGAGGAGGAGCGCAAGAUGCUUAAGCAGAAGGAGGAGGAGGAAUUGCAGGAGCAGGCCAGGAGGAACCGUGCUGCCACCCGCAUCCAGGCUGCUUGGAGAGGCUACGUGGUGCGGUCCUUCUUCAAGGCAAAGCUGAAGAAGGCCAGGGCCAAGGCCAAGGGCAAGGGAGGCAAAAAAUAAAGCCCCAAAUUCCUUCUUUGCCCCAGCAAAGCUGCUGGGUCUGAGUUCGUCCAGAUAAAAACAUUAAACUGUUAAGUUUGGAAAAGACCUUUAACAUGAUUAAGUCCAACCACCAACCCAGCACUACCGUGUUCACCACUAAAAUAUGUCCUCAAGUGCUACAUCCA